AUGGCUGAAGUCAAUCGCAUGAAUAACAAAUUUGAAGACAUAGAAAUGUUAGAGCUUCCCGAUGAUGAUAAUCACGAGGAAAGUCUUUCAAGUUCUUCGGAGACUGAGGGAAUUUCCACUGAUUCAUCAGAUUCAAUGGACGAUUUGAAUACAAGUCAAAGAAAGGACCAAGAUAGUUCAUCAGACCAGAGAGAUAAAGAUCAAUCUAACUCAAUAAUAUUGUCCAUGUUAAAUGAAAACCAAGACUAUCCUGAAUUAUCACAAUGGUUGAACUCCAAAGAAAUUCUACAUUAUAGAUAUAAUCCAAAAAAAUACAAUUAUAACCUUCCUAUGAGUGAACUAGAUCGAAAUUAUACGUCUUACCUUGAAAACAAUUUCAAAACUAUAGAACAGCUAAUAAGUGAUAUUCAUUUAGUUGAACAAAACGAAUCAGAUUCGCAGCCAAUUGGUCUCAUAACAAAUUCGAUAAAGACUCCUACAUUUUCCAAAAAUCAAUUCAUAAAUGAAUCAUUCGAUAAAAUAAUUGAGAAUCUUAAUGAAUUCAUUAAACAAAGUUAUUCUUUAAAUCAUGAUUUUAAAAACCAACUUUUAUUGAUGUUGUUGGUGUGUUUGCAAUCUACAGAAUUCUUUUCAAAUGUUAAAGAGAUACCAGAAUUAACUAUCAAAUGGGUGAAUAUGUUUGAUCCUGAACCUUCAGUUGAAUUAAUAGAUGAGGUGAUGAUAAAUCAUUCACCAAGCUACACUCAUCCGUUAUUUUGGAACACAUUACUUGCAAAAAUGGUUUGUAGAGGUCUAUUCCAGCAAAUAGAUGAGACCUUAGAACACUCAAACUAUGCUGAGCUCAAAGAAACAGAUAAUACGAUGUUUGAAGUCAUAAGUGAUUUGAGACAGCUACUAUCAGAUUAUUCAAUAUUUGCUUCAAAAGGUCAGUUCGCACAAUGGAAAUUAUCAGCAUGUGAAUUUCGAGACUCCAUUUCAUUUGUGAAAGAAACAGUGAGCAAUAACGAGCAUAAAAUCAUAUUAAGUCAAAUAUAUGAUAUAGCAUGUAUAAUGACUGGAUUUACCAAAACAAUUUCAAGCUACUGUGAAACUUGGUAUGAAAUAUACUUAGCAUUUUCAUUAUAUCAGAUACGGGAUAAUGUGGAAAUUUAUGAGGAGUUUUUUCAAAAAGCUAUCAAUGAAAAACCUCCAUCUGCUCAUGUUUUUGAUGGCAGCUCUGACAAAGAUUUAGAAGACAUGACGGAGUCUGGUUUCGUUAAUAUUUUUGAAAAAAAUUAUAUUAAAGUCUUGCAAGUGAUUUUUCUAUUUGAUCCUGCUACGGCAGCAUAUAUAUCCUUAUUACUAGAACUAAAGGGGAUCUUGAGCAGCUACUAUCUGGUUGACAUCAAUAUGGAGGAAAAUUUGGAUGAUAUAUUUAAUAAGAAAACAAUAUCCGAAUAUUUUAUAUUACGCCAUGCUUACAACUGUUUAAAUGUACAAAGUCUUGUCCCAAUAGGUGUUGGAUUAUUAUCUAAUGAGAUCUUGAAUACAUCAAGUCACAAAAUGUCGAGAAACAAAUCAACUAUUGCUCAGUUUUUACCGCAUUACAAAAUAGACUUAAAUGAUGACUUGGAAUGGGCCUUAACAAUCUGUGCUGACUUGAGUUUGAUUUCCACUGCAAGAAGCAUAUAUUAUCAAGCCGGAAUUCAUGCUUUGGAAAAUAAUUAUUUGUAUGAUGCCCUCAAUAAUUUUGUAAAUUGUUAUGACCCAGAAAAGACUUCAGGAAGUUAUCAUACGGAAGGGAUGCAAAAAAUUCACUACAUAAUUUGGGAUAUAAUAUUCACUGAUUGUCUUGUAAAUAACAAACCAAUUGAAGAUGAAAUUCUUAAUGAUGUGGUGGAUCAAAAAAUGGACGGAAUCAAAAUUCAUCCAAUAAUUCAACAAUGUAUAUCUCCUUAUGCUGUGUUGAAAGAAUUUUAUGAUUCUUUAUCUAGAGACUCACCGCACGAAAUGAUGCAUAAUUUCUCAAAAAUAGUUCAUUUAUUAAAAUUUGAAUAUUUACCUAUGAAAUUCAAACCUUUACUAUUAAGUCAAAUUUUAUUAUUCUUAAAUGACAAUUCACCACUUCAAUUACCUGAUUUGAUUGUCAUUAUAGAAAUGAUUGAUAAUUAUGAAACAGAAAGUUCCCAAUCAGAAAAAGAAGAGGGUGAGCAAAUUUAUACAUACUCCACAACCAACUUUGAUGAUCAUGUGGACGACAAUGAUUGGCGUAAAGCUGUUGGUAAAAUACCCAAAGACGUCAAUUCAUUAAUAAAGCUUUUGAGAAACAAAGUUACUGUUAAAAUCGGACUUGCAUUUAUAGAAUGA